AUGGCUUCGACACUUCUUCGCCGCCGUUACUCUAAUUUCCUCAGUCGUGUUUCCACCGGAAUUGGGAAUCCUAGUAGCAAUCUAGGUGCUGCAUAUCAUUAUCAGCAGAGGAGGAUGUGCAUCGUACGUUCAACGCCAAGAAUGCCACCAUUGCUAGUGUUACCACCUGUCUUCAAUGGCGGCAACUUGAUUUACAGGUUCUAUAAUCCGGCGGGGGAGAGAAUCGAGAGCGUCAGUGGUCCUGUUGGGUAUCGAUCGGAAUUACUUGAGUCCGAACUCGUGGGAUCGUCCCAUGGCUGGCUGGCACUGUUCAACCCCCGCAACAACUGUAUUGUUCUAUCAAAUCCGUUUACCCACCGCUACAUCAAGCUCCCGCCCGUGCACACCUUGCCCGACCCGGAGAUAAACCUGACCGACGGACGUGGUCACGUGUCUAAAGUCGUGCUCUCGUGCUGCCCAGAUGAGGACGAGGAAGGUUGCCGCGCCGUCAUGUCCUACGGCCCGGGAGACAGGCUAGCUUUCUGCCGGCCUCGCCGCUGCACUGAGUGGUCUCCUAUGGGAGACUUGUUCUUUGACGGCUACAAGGAGGAAACUUUUGAUUACGGGGUGGAUUAUGCAAGGACUUAUGAGGAUUUUACAUAUUGCCGCAAGCGUAAAGUCUUCAGCUGCACAACGCAGUUUGAGGUUGAUUUGGAGGACUGGCGCCUUGCCGUUCCAACCCAAUUCGAGGUUUCGGACCUUUCUGACCCUUGCUCCCCCAAAACCAAACGUAUCUACUGGCACUUGCUAGAUAUUGAAGGACAGAAAUGCCCAUGGCUAGAGGAAAAUAUGAAUCUUGUCAAGUCUUGCAGGCAGAUACCGUACCUUGUGUAUGAUGAUCAUGGAGAUCGGCUCUUUCUCGUGGUUCGAUUUGUCAUACAACGAGCCUGCAUCAACCGACCCUUUGCGGAUGUCGACAGCAUACCCUAUGAUCCGGUGAGCGACCGCUUGAUGGUCCAUCUCUAUCCCCACAAAACUAUCGGUUUUUCAGUUGUUAAAGUCGAUUUUCAAACUGGACUACUUGGCCGAAUUGAUGGCCUCAGUCGGAUUGUGGGUGGUUGCGGCAAUUCCUUGGAUGGCCUGGCAAUGUUUAUUGGAAUGAACCACUCAUUUGCAGUCUCAGCGGUUGGGUCGGGUUUGAAGCCCAAUUGCAUUUACUUCACCGAUUCCAACAAGGAUCAGAUUCCAUUGGAUUCCAUCUAUGGCGGCCAUGACAUAGGGAUUUUCAAUUAUGAGAACAAGACUCUGUCUCCAUGCUAUUAUCCAUGUGAUGUUCGAAGCUAUAGAAGAAUUGUGCCAACACCUAUGUGGCUCACUCCAAGCGCACAUUAA